GAGGAGGAUGAGAAGGAGAGGCUGAGCCAGGUGAACGAUCUGCAGGAGGAAGAUUUUGGAGACAACACGGAGCCUCUGGAGGAUUUACUCCUCGGGCUGAGCGUCGGGGAGCCUAACCUCAGCACCCAUGGCUCCCUGCACUCUUUAGACACUGACGUGGUGGCAGGCGUCCUCCUGGACCCCUAUAAGGAGAAUCUGAGGAGAGUUCAGUCCACAGACAGCCUGGGGUCCUCUCUCUCCGUGCAGCAGGGCCUCGGGGGACACAACCACAAAGCCAAGUCAGCCAGCAACCUGGACGAGUCUGACUUCGGACCCCUGGUGGGGGCGGACUGCGGGGCCAUGGACAGCAGCUUUGGGGACACGUUGUCCAUCAGCUCCAUGAAGCUGACGGCCAGCCACUUCCUGCUCACUAAAGACCAGGAGAAAGCCAUCAAAGCGAUGACUCCGGAGCAGGAGGAGACGGCGUCGCUGCUCUCCAGCAUCUCCCACGCCCCCGACAACGCUUAUCUGCCGCCGGGGGGGUACAGGCUCGUCAGCGACAGCGAGUGGAACCUCCUGCAGCAAGAGGUGAAAAAUGCUGGCAGGCAGCUUGGCAGACGCUGUGACAUGUGCUCAAACUACGAGAAGCAGCUGCAGGCCAUCCAGGGACAAGAGGCCGACACUCGAGACCAGGUGAAGAAGCUGCAGGUGAUGCUGCGUCAGGCCAACGAUCAUCUGGAGAGAACGAUGACGGAGAAACAGACUCUGGAAGACUCGGUCAAAGUGGGCAACGAGGAAACUGCUGCUAAGGUGUCCGCCCUCGUGCAGCGGGUGCAGGAUUCGGAGACGUUGCUGUGCGCGCUGCAGCAGGCCUUCAGUGACGCUAAGAGGAACACACAGCAGCAGAUGGCGGUGCUGGGGAAGUCAAGGGAGCAGGUGGCCGACGAGCUGAGCCGUCUGCAGAGAGACAACGAGAACCUGCAGGGGACACACCGGCUGCAUGAGGAGCUGCAGCAGCAGGAGGACUUCCAGAUGCCCAACACUGUGCAAGAGCUUCACGGCCUGGUGGUGCGGUUUCGAGAAGACGUGGUGGCGUUACGGACGUCAGCUGAUCACAUGGAGGAGAAGCUGAAGGCGGAGAUUCUGUUCCUGAAGGAGCAGAACCAGGCGGAGCAAUGUCUGAAGGAGAACCUGGAGGAGACGCUGCAGACGGAGAUCGAGAGCUGCAAGGAGGAGAUAGCAUCUUUCUCCAGCCUCAAGACGGAGAUGGAGAGGAUAAAGGUGGAGAAAGAAAAGUUUGAGAGGAGUCUGUCGGAGAAGACGGAGACUCUGGAGAACCUUCAGGGUCUGAGGAUCAGUCUGGAACGGCAGCUCAGAGAACUCUCCACUGCAAAGAGUGCGCUCCAGGCUCAGGCGAUGGAUGAGAAGGACAAAGCUCAGCGGCUGCAGACGGAGCUGGACGUCAGUGAGCAGGUUCAGAAGGACUUCGUCAAACUCUCUCAGACUCUUCAGGUUCAGCUGGAGCGAAUACGACAGGCGGACUCUUUGCAGCGAAUCAAAGUCAUCCUCAACGACACCAACUUGACUGACAUCAACCAGCUUCCAGACACAUGAUGACACUGACAGGAAACUGCUUCAGCUUCAUUCCCCCUCCUCAUCCUCCUCCUCCUCCUCCUCCUGCCCCCUAACCACCACAGAAGAAGAGUUGUGGAGGGACUAAAGGAGCCUUUUUCUUGUGUACAGAGCACACUGCGGAUAAUAGAAUAAUGAAGAAGAACACUACUACUACUAAAACAAGAAAAAUGUAAAUAAGUAAAUGUGUGAUUGUUGACGGAGGGGUCUCCCUGUGUCUCGUUUCUACUGUAGAUAUAUAUUUCCGUCUGUGUUAGCUCAACCAAAAAAGGUUUGUCGUCGUCUAAAAGCACUUUUCAUCGUCUCUUUCCAGGUCAAUUUAGACGAAAAUUGGAUGCAUACAUUUUCCUCGUCCUUGCUUCCCUUUUCCACUCGCUUCCUCUUUUCCUUUCCACUGUUUUUGUUCUGUGACAUUUUCCCUCCUUGUUUUGGCUCAUUCUCGCCCUGUGACAAAGACACGAUGAAGGACACUCAUGGGAAACACUUGCACAUAAUUUAACUGAGAACAGGAUUUCGGCAACACCCUUCAUCCUCUCCUCACAUCUGACAUUUUUUAAAAGCUGCUCAAACACAGUGAAGAAAUAUCCAUGUCCUGUUUCAAAGAUUUAUUUUCCACCCUUCUUGAAAAUCAUGAAGACACAGAGGAAGUGUAAAGUGGGUUUUAUACCGCGUUUCGCUCCUUUUGAUUGGUUCCUUUAUUUGAGUUCCUUAGCGUAAUUUAAAUGAGCAAUUAGCUGCUCAUUCAAAGACACUUAAAAGAGGGAGAAUUCAGUGGGUAAAAUCCCAACAAAAUUCAUAUAACUUUUCGUAUUAAUGAUGUGUCUCCAAGGUUAAUUAAUCACCACUUUGAGGCUACAAAUGGGUUUCAUUUCAACACUUUUAAAGCUGGGUUAUGCAGAGUUUCUUUUACCGUUAUUGUGUAAUAAAUAAUCCACAAUAACCUCUCAGCAUAUUGUAAUUCAAGCUUUAUUUGAAAAUCAGACUCCUGCUGUUUUCAGGGUUUAUCAAAUCUAGCCUGCGACCAAUUAUCCAAUCACACAUCAUUUCAGAGAGAAAGCAUUCCUAUUGGCUGUUCAACAAAAGUAGACGUGCAUGCAUGGUGAGUUCAGAAGUUAAACGCCUGAUACAAAGGAGGAAAGUCCUGCAGAAUAAGUGGCUUUUUUUAUGCAUUGGCAACGACACUGCAAAGAAACCCCGAAACAAGAAGCUGUUUAAUAUCAGGGAAGCGUUUCAGAGAAAGUGAGAAACCUGGCACGCUUUGCAGAUAGCUUUAUUCUUGAAUCAUAGCGUGUUAUUCCCAAAGGGCUUGACAGAUGGAGGGCUGUACGUUCAAUGUUUGCCUCUCCAGAAAACUGCCUUCCCUGGGCUAAGACUUGAAGGAGAAUGUGCUCAAAAUAUGAUGAAUUCUUGCCAAAUAAUGCAAGAACAAAUCUGCCUACUCCAGCUUUAAAGUGUCAGGGUGUUAGAAAGCAAACCAAGACUGAUCUGUGAUUGAUGUAUUAUUAAAACAGACAACUGUAUUCUUAAGACUUUGCAAUCAGAAAGUUCUUAAAUUAAAAUACGCGGAUCUUUCUGUAACUUUUCUGGACAAAAAAAUCUGCAUUGCGAAAACAAACCAGGUUGUACGACGUGGUUACACUUUACCCAAAGACGUCUAACUCAAAAGAAAAUAAUAGUUUUUCUCGUAACAUAAACAAAUCUUACAAAUGGACAUUUUCAGAUGUUAAAUUCACAUCGAUUUUACAGUGAAAAUAAGUACUUCACACCUCGACACAAAAGCCGUAAAAAGUGUGUGUUUUCCUUAAAUUGCAAUAAUAAUAACCCUCAGAUGUAAGUGUAUUUCAGACGCUUUCAGACGUUCUGUUUCUAAUGAAGCAUCCUAAGGCUUUUACCCAAACUUAAAUUGACAAAUUGUGCUUUUUAAUUAACCAUAUUUAAUCAAGGCAGUUUAACUAAAAAUACGGAUUUUAAAACUCCAAGAUUACACAUGAAAUCUGUGUGUUUUGGGGUGUUAAACAGCAGGAGUCUCAUUGCCCCUUAAUAAGACAUUGAAUGAUUUUGAAUUGGUCUAAGGAAGUGGAGGUUUUUUUUGUGGCAUAUUUGACAAUUAUUAUUUCCCGACGCAAGAGGUGGCAGCUGCUGCAGUUUUAAAAUAUUAAGAGAAAAUAUAAAGAAAUACAGACUUCUGGAGCUGAAGAAAGUGGAAAAUGACUAGUUUUAACAACAUUCUUGAUGUUCAAACAUGCAGACAGAAAAGUAGGAUUUCACCAAUUAACUAAAUUCAAUUGUUUUUGUUUUGUUCCCAGCAGUCUGCUUUGAAUACAGACGGUCCCUCGAUGUUACUUUAAAUGGUUAAAACGGCACUAAUGAACUUCUAUUGAAAACAAAUCAUCCUGAAGUGAUAAAGGGGGACUUCUCUCUGCAUUGUGAUUAAAACAAUAUCCAUAUAAUCACGCAGCUUUUAGGACAUGUUGAUUACCGUUUUCCUUUGUUGACGUGCAUGUAUUACAUUUCCUUCAUGUUGUCUAUACUGUAGAUAUCUGACGUUGAUAUUUAUGAAUGAUCCAGAAAUAUCAAGUUGCACUGACAGAAAUACCGUGUGUCUGAUUGUGAGCGGAGAAAUGGUGAAAGUAGAUAAUAUUCAUGAUGUGUUUCUUCUCUGAAAAGGCCUUAUUGCAUUACGGCUUGGUGUGUUUGUGACAUUUAAAACCCUCUAAUUUAA